AUGGGAUUCUGGUAUUUUGCACUGCGUCUCAUUCAGCUGUGGCUCCUCUCUGACCAGAUUUCGGCUCAGAUAAGGUAUUCUAUUUCAGAGGAAGUUAAAGUCGGAUUGGUUGUGGCAAACAUAGCUAAAGACUUUGGUAUUGACAUAAGCGCUUUGAAGGAGAGAAGGCUUCGUAUAGUGUCUGGAUCAAAGGAUGAUAUUUUCCAGUUAAAUCAGAACAAUGGAGCCUUGAUCAUUCUUAAGCAUAUCGACAGAGAGGAAAUAUGUGACAGCUACGAGGUGUGCAAAAUAGAUCUCAAACUUGUUUUAGAAAAUCCACUCGAAAUUCACUAUGUUGGUGUGGAAAUAGUUGAUGUCAACGACCAUUCCCCCGCUUUCUCCGACAAAGACCAACAUAUAGAAAUAGCUGAAUCCACACUUCCAGGAACAGGUUUCCAACUACUGCCUGCCCGUGACCCCGAUUUCGGGACAAAUUCAGUCAGUUUAUAUAAAUUAAGCCCAAACGAAUAUUUUGAAAUAGAAAUUAGAGACAGUGGCGAAGAGGUAAAAAUACCGAUUCUGAAACUGCGCAAAUCCCUCGACAGAGAAUGUGAGAGUAGACAUUUUUUGGUUUUGACAGCCGUUGAUGGUGGAAAUCCUCCAAAAUCUGGACAUUCCAAUAUUACAGUCACUGUUCUUGAUAACAAUGAUAACGGACCCGUAUUCAGCCAAGAUGUUUAUUUAGCAACGAUACAAGAGAAUGUAGGAAAGGGUUAUUUUGUGGUUAAAGUUAAUGCUACUGACUUGGAUGAUGGAAUGUAUUCCGAGGUGACAUAUUCUUUCCUUAAAAACUUGAAAAAAAAGUUUUAUGAUACUUUUCGUUUGGAUUCUAAAACUGGUGAAAUUUUCGUCAAGGGCGAAAUUGAUUUUGAGGAUACUGAAGUGUUUAGAGCCGAUGUUGUGGCAUCUGAUAAAGGACAGCCUCCCAUGACUUCAGAUUGUAGGGUCAUAAUAAAGAUUAAAGAUGUAAAUGAUAAUAAACCUGAAAUAGAAGUGACAUCGCUUUCUAACGUGGUUCCUGAAAACGCAAGUCCUGGAACAGUGAUUUCUCUCAUUAGCGUUACUGAUAAAGACUCUGACAUGAACGGCAAGGUAAUAUGUAGUCUCCCUGAUGAUGUGCCAUUUGAAUUAAAACCUUCAGUUCAAGAUAGCAUGUUCUCUUUAAUUAUUAAACAACGAUUGGACCGAGAAAGUACGUCACACUAUGAUAUCACAAUUAAGGCCACUGACUGUGGCCAGCCUCCUCUGUCCACGCUUACAACUCUCAGCAUUCAGGUGUCAGAUGUGAAUGACAACAGGCCAGAAUUUGCCCAGAACCCCUUUUUACUGUAUUUGAUUGAAAAUAAUGUCCCCGGUGAAUCUAUUUUUUCGAUGAGUGCAUCAGAUAAAGAUUUAAAUGAAAAUGCAGCCAUCUCCUAUCAUAUUGUAAGACAGGACGGGGAAAAGAACAACAUGGCGACCUUCCUUAAUAUAAAUUCUGAUAGUGGACAAAUUUCCGCUCUGAAAAGUUUUGAUUUUGAGACAGUGAAAACCUUCCAGUUCCAAGUUGUUGCCACAGACUCUGGAACUCCAUCACUGAGCAGCAACGUCACAGUGAACGUGUUCAUUCUGGAUCAGAACGACAACGCUCCAGUCAUCUUAUUUCCAGUCAGCGCGAACGGUUCUGCUGAAGGUGUGGAGGAGAUUCCCCGCAAUGUGAACCCAGGCCACCUGGUGACUAAAGUGAGAGCCUAUGAUCCAGAUAUAGGAUAUAACGGCUGGUUGUUGUUUUCACUGCAGGAAGUGAGUGACCACAGUCUGUUUGGUUUGGACCGCUAUACAGGACAGAUAAGAACACUUCGCUCAUUCACAGAGACAGACGAGGCUGAGCAUAAACUGGUCAUACUGGUGAAAGACAAUGGGAACGUUUCCUUGUCUGCAACAGCCACUGUGAUUGUCAAGGCUGUGGAGCCCAAAGAGGCUUUUGCAGCUGCUGAUGUUAAAAGUUCAACUACAGCUGAGGAAGAGAGUGGUGUUCCAUUUUAUCUCAUGCUGACUUUGGGCGGAGUUUCAGCACUUUUUGUGAUUAGUAUCAUCGUGUUGAUUGCAAUGCAGUGCGCCAAACCCACCGACUAUUCCUCCAAAUACUUACAAGACACUAAUUACGACGGGACACUUUGCCACAGCAUCCAGUACAGAUCUGGAGAAAAACGGUACAUGUUAGUUGGACCCAGAAUGAGUAUAGGAUCUACUAUAGUUCCGGGCAGCCAUGCGAAUACUCUUGUGGUCCCUGAUAAGAGACAUACGGCUGGAGAGUGGCUGAAGUUGUAG